AUGAACGGCUGGCUAGUCUUCAUCAUAAUCCUGCUACUGCUGCUCUCAAUCUCCUACUUCGGGUGGUACUUUUACGCUCGGUGGAAUGCAUCCCGCAAUGGCCUCCCACCACCCUCGAUGAACCCCAUGGUAGCCUUCAGCCGCUCCUCGUCCUCUGGCGCCGCAACCUCAAACUACCCCGGCCCUGCGCCCACGGGCAUCAAAGGCUGGUUCGACACCCAGCUGCGCAAGUUCAAGAACAGGAACAACCGGUACACAACGGGUAGCGGCUACGAAGACGCAGGCUACAGCGGCGGACGAGGCGUUGGUGGAGGCCGCGGCGCAGGCAGUCGUCUUGAUCCCGAUGAAGCCUGGAGUUCGCGCGUGGGUGACGAAGCAUACUAUGAAGAGCAGGAACUCGGUCUCCACGAACCCGUGUCUACCCAUGGACAAACUGCGAACCCGUAUGCAAACCCUUCGCCAUACAACAACACCACCGAGCCCAGCCGCGGACGCAGCCGCACGCGAGACUCCUACGACGAACAUCUUGACGCACAGAGCGCGCGUAAUCCUUUCGGCGAUGACAACGCGGCGAGUCUAAGAGGCGUGAGUCCCAGGCCGGUGCUAGAUGCUGAUACGAGUUAUCGGGGUGGUGCCACGGCGACCAUGCCAAGCGCUCCCAAGCACAAGAAGGCGGGCAGUGUGGACAGCAUCGACAACAGUCCAACGGAGAGCCGGAGAAGUGUGUUCAGAGAGGGUUUAUAG